ACAUCUCAGUCAGUCUGUUAGCAGUAGUCGUCAGCUUCUGCGGGCUCGCCUUGCUGGUAGUCUCACUUUUUGUCUUUUGGAAGUUGUGUUGGCCCUGCUGGAGAAGCAAACCUCUCACUUCCAAUGCCAGUAAUGUCCCUCAGAGCAACUCCAGCGCUCCUACAGAGGUUUUUGAGACCAGUGAGAAAAAGGAAGUUAAAGAAAAUGGGAAACCUCCAACAAAGGUACUUGAAGCCGCAUUGAAAAUAAGCCACACUUCACCUGAUAUACCAGCAGAGGUCCAGAACGCACUGAAAGAGCAUCUGAUCAGACAUGCACGCAUGCAGAGGCAGAUCACUGAGCCCACAUCGUCAUCAAGGCACAAUUCUUUCAGGAGGCACUUGCCAAGGCAGAUGCAAGUGUCCAGUGUUGAUUUUAACAUGGGAACAGAUCCGAUUUUGCAAAGGGGAGAGACGACAACCAGCAUUGGGAGAAUAAAACCAGAACUCUACAAACAGAAGUCUGUGGAUUCUGAUGGGCAACAAGAAGAUGUGAAAACAUGUGGAAAACUUAACUUCACUCUUCGGUAUGAUUAUGAGAAUGAACUUCUGGCUGUCACAAUUGUCAAAGCCUUAGAUCUGCCUGCUAAAGACUUCACAGGAACAUCCGACCCCUACGUUAAGAUUUAUCUGCUUCCAGAUAGGAAAAAGAAGUUUCAGACACGAGUUCACAGAAAGACAUUAAAUCCUGUCUUUGAUGAAACCUUUCAGUUUCCUGUAGCCUAUGAUCAACUCAGCAACAGGAAAUUGCAUUUCAGUGUUUAUGAUUUUGACAGAUUUUCUAGACAUGACAUGAUUGGGGAAGUUAUUCUUGAUAACCUUUUUGAAGUCUCAGAUCUCUCCAGGGAAGCCAAUGUAUGGAAAGACAUCCACUGUGCCACCACAGAAAGCAUAGAUUUGGGUGAAAUCAUGUUUUCCCUUUGCUAUUUGCCUACUGCUGGGAGAAUGACAUUAACAGUCAUCAAGUGCAGGAAUCUCAAAGCAAUGGAUAUAACUGGAGCAUCAGAUCCAUAUGUUAAAGUGUCACUUAUGUGCGAGGGUCGAAGACUGAAAAAGCGGAAGACGACCACAAAGAAGAACACACUCAAUCCUGUUUAUAAUGAGGCCAUCAUCUUUGAUAUCCCUCCAGAGAAUGUGGACCAGGUCAGCCUCUCCAUUGCAGUGAUGGAUUACGAUCGAGUAGGGCACAAUGAGGUCAUUGGGGUAUGUCGGACAGGAAUUGAUGCUGAAGGGCUUGGAAGAGACCAUUGGAAUGAAAUGUUGGCUUACCCACGUAAACCAAUAACUCACUGGCAUCCACUAGUAGAGUUACCUGGCCGAGCAACCAGUUUUGAUAGCCAGGGAUCUUGUUCAUCACCAAAACCACCGCUUACGCCCUAG